AUAAGAUAUUGUUAAAAAAGAUAUUUAACAAAUAUUUCUACAAAUUGUAUUUAAUAUCGAUCGUUAUCAUGUCUAUUUCGCUCAAAUUUGAUGAAAACCAAACAGACGAAAAUAUAGACUUAAUCACUUUCAAACGUUGGCUUGGACUGCAAUCAUGCAUCAACUGUAAGAAUGGUACUGGCUAUAUAGAUAAAGAAUACCAUCCGACAAAAGCGGAUAUUAUGUUCAAAAAAAAAAUAAAGAUGUUGAUUGCCAAUAUUACAUAUAAUGGCAUUGCUUUUUUGGUUACUCAAGAUGUUGAGAAAUAUGUAUGGGAAGAUAAAAAUGCAAAAAUGACAUUCAAUUUUGAAGUUCAAUCUACAGACAAUAAGGUUGAAAAUAAAAUUGAAAUUAUGGUAAAACUCUCACACUAUAUAUAUUAUACUUCCCAUAAGAUUGAUUGGAGCAAUACAAGAAUUAUAAAAGCAGCAACUAAUAAGAGUAAUUUUCUCGUUUUGACUGACGAUGGCAAAAUAUAUUACACAAAUGGUUGGAUAGAAGGAAAAAAAUGCAGUAUACAUGAAAUAAAUAUCGAAGAGAAGAUUACAUGCAUAAGUUGCGGAAUAAAUUUUUUUGUGAUAAUUACCGAUAACUAUAAAAUGUACUGUUGGGGUAUAUGUGACAACGAUCAAUUGAGUUUGUGUAGGACUAAUAGCAAAAUGAUAAAAAAGCAUAGAAAUUUGGAUGAGGAUUUAACUUUUACCACUUAUACUCAAUACGACGAAAUAGUAAGUUCUGUUGAACGGCCAUGUGAAAUAACCGCAUUUAAAGACAAAAUAAUUGUCAAGGUAGCUUGUGGGAUUGAUUACAUACUUGUUCUAAGUAAUAAAGGGAAACUCUACGGCUGGGGAUCAAACAUUUACGAUCAAUUUAACAAAAGUUACAAUACUUCUCCUAUCAAGAUAUACAUAAAAAAUGUAAAAAAAAUAUCAGACAUCGCUGUCAUUGAUUACAAAAGCUUUGUCAAGUCUAGCGUGGGACAUAUCUACAUGUGGGGCUUUAUUUUUAAUGUACCAAUUAAAAAAUAUGUUCCCUGUGAAUUUACGAACGCGUUUGACAUAUUCAACUCGACGACAGCUCUUUCACCAAUGUCCAUGGCCAUGGCAUAUGAAUUCAUAAAUGAAGAAUUACACAUAUUAAAUGAUUUGGAAACUGCAUUCGACGAUCAGUCAACAAGUGAUCUCACGAUAAUGGUCAAGAAACAAUCAAUUUAUGUUCACAAAGUUAUCCUGAUAAUUCGUUCUACAUAUUUUAGAAGUGUGCUCCAAACUAUUUAUGUUGAAAAUAGGUAUAUUUUUACUAAAAAAAAACAUCAUAGUGAAUAA